CCGUCAGCGGUUGAUGAAUAGAAAACACAGCACAUUGUUGUUUACAAAGGUAUCUACUAGAUAGCGUAAACCCGCUAGGCUGAAGCAGACAGACGUUUUAACAUUUCUUUGAUAAAACAAACAGCUAGACUUUUAUUGCCCUCGCCAAUAUGUCCAAACUACAGUUGCUGAAUGUGUUCGUUACCGAGCGUUUGUCGGCUGCUGCUGUGGAGAUAUUCGGGGCCGUAGAGAAGACUAUAGCAGAGUAUCGGGAAGAAAUCUUCCGUUCAGCGGAGGAGAACGAGCGUCUACGGAGGGAGAUGGACAUGAUUAUCAAAUCAGAGAUACAGUUAUACAGAACAGACUUCCAGCAACUCACUCCCUCUGUUCCCCCUGAGCAGCAGAAGUGUGAGCAGGAGUGGAGCCCCAGUCUGGGGCAGGAGGACCCAGAACCCACACAGAUUAAAGAGGAACAACAGGAGCUCAGACUCAGUCAGGAGGACUCACCUCAGCCCUCACAUCUUUACCAAAACCAAACUGUUGAUGACGGAGAGAGGAGUAUUCUACCUAUCAUCAUAACUGAAGAGAUCAAAACAGAACCUGAUGGAGAGGGCUACAGAGUAGCAGAACCAACCAGUGAUCUGCCCCUCUCAGUUCAUCCAGACUGCUCUGCUACACUGGAAAAACCAUAUUGGUGUAAACAAUGUGGCAAAAGCUUUACACGUAAGGGACACUUGACCUUGCAUUUAAAGAUACACACAGGAGAGAAACCUUUUCUGUGCAAACAAUGUGGCAAAAGGUUUAACCAGAAGAGCAACUUGACCAUCCACACAAGGAUACACACAGGAGAGAAUCCCUAUCAGUGCAAACAAUGUGGUAAAAGGUUUAACCAUAAGAGCAACUUGACCAGCCAUACAAGGAUACACACAGGAGAGAAUCUGUAUCAAUGGAAAGCUAUUUAAGACUUCAUCAGUGUGUUCACACGGGAGACAUCUGACCAGUGCAAAUAAUGUGGCAAAAGCUUUAGUUAUAAACAGCCAUACAUCACAUAUGAGCACUCACAUUAAAGGGCAUACAUUAUAUUACUGCAGUGAGUACAGCAAAAGCUUCAGCCUGAAGUGAAAGUGAAAACAACAAAUUAUACUUUGUAUCAUUGUGGAUUACUUCUCACAUCCAACUUGUAAAUUAAUGUUAUGUUCUGUUUUCUGGCACUUGACAACAAAACAAAUUGACUUGUGAAAAUCAGUAUGAAAAUCAUCAGUCAGUAUUAGACUUCUUAGCUGAAACUAGCUCUCAAUUUCAGAGACCUACAGUGCAUUCGGAAAGUAUUCGUCACUUUUAAACCUAUCAUAAUGUUUUUUUAAAGGUUGCCUUUCUACAUGUAUAAGUUUAUUACCCCUUGACUUUUUCCAUUUUGUUAUGUUACAGCCUUAUUCUAAAAUUGAUAAAAUAGGUUUUUUUCUCUCAUCAAUCUACACACAAUACCCCAUAAUGACAAAGCAAAAACAGUUUUUUAGAAAUUUUAGCAAAUGGAUCUCUGUACUUUGCUCCGUUCAGCUUUGCCUCGAUCCUGACUAGUCUCCUGGUCCCUGUAACUGAAAAACAUCCCCACAGCAUUAUGCUGCCACCACCUCUCCUUGGUGCCAGGUUUCCUCCAGAUGCGACGCUUGGCAUUCUGGUCAAAGAUUUCAAUCUGGGUUUCAUCAGACCAGAGAAUCUUGUUUCUCAUGGUCUGAGAGUCUUUUAGGUGCCUUUUUGGCAAACUCCAAGCAGGCUGUUAUGUGCCUUUUGCUGAGGAGUGGCUUCCGUCUGGCCACUCUACCAUAAAAGCCUGAUUGGUGGAGUGCUGCAGAGAUGUUUGUCCUUCUGGAAGGUUCUCCCAUCUCCACAGAGUGACUCUGGAGCUCUGUCAGAGUGACCAUCAGGUUCUCGGUCUCCUCCCCCGAUUGUUCAGUUUGGCUGGGCGGCCAGCUCUAGGAAGACUUUGGUGGAGAAUGCUGGAGGACCUGUGUUGUUGAGGACCUUCAAUGGAGCAGAAAUGUUUUGCUACCCAUCCCCAGAUCUGUGCUUUGACACAAUCCUGUCUCAGAGCUCUACAGACAAUUCCUUCAACCUCUUGGCUUGGUUUUUGCUUUGACAUGCACUGUCAACUGUGGGACCUUAUAUAGACAGGUGUGUGCCUUUCCAAAUCUUGUCCUGUCAAUUGAAUUGUAGAAGUUGUAGAAACAUCAAGGAUGAUCAAUGGAAACAGGAUGCACCUGAUAUCAAUUCCCAGUCUCAUAGCAAAGGGUCUGAAUACUUAUGCUAUUUUUAAUACAUUUGCAAACAUUUUCUAUACUGUUUUCGCUUUGUCAUUAUGGGGUAUUGUGUGUAGAUUGCUGAGAUUUUUUUUUUUUAUUUAAUCAAUUUUAGAAUAAGGCUGCAAUGUAACAAAAUGGAAAAAGUGAAGGAGGACACUGCUGGCUUCAGGAAGCCUCAAGUAAAUAAUUAAACAUGUUCAAUUUGGUUUAAAUAAUGCAAAAACAAAGUGUUGGAGAAGAAAGUAAAAGUUCAAUAUGUGCUAUGUAAGAAAGCUAAUGUUUCAGUUCCUUGCUCAGAACAUAUUGAAGCUGGUAGUUCCUUUUAACAUGAGUCUUCAAUAUUCCCAGGUAAGAAGUUUUAGGUUGUAGUUAUAAUCUUACUUUGUGCAUCUUGUCUUUUGGUGUCAUAAACAAUCCUUGCUUCCUGCCUGUGCUUGGUAAGGAUAAGAGGGGGGCGUUAUGACCUCCUCCUUUAGACUAGUUAAGAUACGAGACAGUACCAAACACAUGCCAGAACCAACCCUAUGAACUAUGCCUAUGUAACGUGCCUGUAACCAGUCUAUAAGGGAACUAAACGGGACUGCCCCGUUAGAGCUUCUGACAGACGUUCACUAUGGUUCAUUAAGUUUGUUGGAACCUCUCCAGUGCACUGACAAUAAACAAUGAUUCAUUUAAGAUUUACUUUGGGUGUCCCUAUGUAAGAAUUUACAUGACAGUGUUUUCAGUAAUAACCAUUACAGAUCAUGGACUGAGAGCUCUACUCAGCCCAUCCCACGUAUCUUCAUAGACCACCCUCUUUUGAUUUCUAAGUGCCGUUUUUCAACUGUGCUGUGAUGUUUUACAUUAAUUUUGCAUAGUAUACACAGAUUGUGAGCUAAAGAUUAAGACCUUUCCUGUGAGUGUUAUGUUGUUGAUUGAUUGACUAUGGCAUUCCAAGUCACCCAACACUGCUAUUUGUAAGAUUAAUUUUAAAUGGAUGUUAAUUGUUCAGACAUUCCUGAGCAUGUGACCAGAAACAAGCUACAUUGGGGCGAUACCAGAAAAAUCAAUGGAGGCUUCUCAGAGGAGGAAGGGGAGGACCAUCCUCUUCAUUGAAUUUCAUAAAUAAGAAACAUUUUUAAAAAGUUAUCCUUUAUAGAUAAAACUAUACUAAAUAUUAUUUAUUUGUGUUGUUCCAAAUGUCUGAAUAAAAAUGACAGUUAGUGCAG